AUGGAUGAUCGGGAAGCUCUGGUGUCCCAGGCGAAGCUGGCUGAGCAGGCUGAGCGAUACGACAAAAUGGUGGAAUCAAUGAAGAAAGUAGCAGGAAUGGAUGUGGAGCUGACAGUUGAAGAAAGAAGUCUCCUAUCUGUUGCGUAUAAAAAUGUGAUUGGAGCUAGAAGAGCCUCCUGGAGAAUAAUUAGCAGCAUCGAACAGAAAGAAGAAAACAAGGGAGGAGAAAACAAACUAAAAAUGAUUCAGGAAUAUUGGCAAAUGGUUGAGACUGAAGUAAAGUUAAUCUGUUGUGACAUUCUGGAUGUACUCGACAAACACCAUAUUCCAGCAGCUAACACUGGCGAGUCCAAUGUUUUCUAUUAUAAAAUGAAAGGGGACUACCACAGGUAUCUGGCUGAAUUUGCCACAGGAAAAGACCGGAAGGAGGCAGUGGAAAACAGCCUAGUGGCUUAUAAAGCUGCUAGUGAUAUUGCAAUGACAGAACUUCCACCAACGCAUCCAAUUCGUUUAGGUCUUACUCUCAACUUUUCCGUAUUCUACUAUGAAAUUCUUAAUUCUCCUGACAGGGCCUGCAGGUUGGCAAAAGCAGCUUUUGAUGAUGCAAUUGCAGAUCUGGAUACUCUGAGUGAAGAAAGCUAUAAGGACUCUACACUUAUCGUGCAGUUGUUAUGUGAUAAUCUGACACUAUGGACUUCAGACAUGCAGGGACGGGACGGUGAAGAGCAGAAUAAGGAAGCGCUGCAGGAUGUGGUAGAUGAAAAUCAGUGAGACAGAAAAGCCAACAAGAGAAACAAUCUCUGACUACCCCAGUCCUCCCCACCCCUUCCCUUGGAAAGUCCCCAUUGUCACUGAGAACCACAAAAUCUGACUUUCACAUUUGGUCUCAGAAUUUAGGUUCCUGCCCAGUUUUUUUUUUAAACAGUUUUCAAAAGUUCUUAAAGGCAAGAGUGAACUUCUGUGGAUUUUACUGGUCCCAGCUUUUAGAUUCUUUAAGACACUAACAGGACUGUAUAGAGGCUUUUUCAGCAUUACUGUAUUGUCUCCAUGCCAGAAGUGGCAAGAUCAUUGGAAAUGGAAAUUACAUUUGAAAGCCAUUAGACUCCUAGGUGAUGCAUCUUAAAAAAGAGAUUGAUCACACUAAAGAGGCAUAUGUGAAUCAUUUUUCCUUUUUCUAAUUGUUUAAAUCAAAUUUUAUACCAAUGUUUAAAUUUAAUUGGGUGUUAACUUGAAGUGGUUAAAGAUUGUUUGGGGUGGGGAGUUUGUUGCAAUGGUUUUGCUGUAAAAAGUGUUUCCAACUCUGCUGAAGUGUUGGCUGAAAAGUGAGUGCUGGUAACAGUUCACCAAUCCGUGGCUGCUCAUUCUUGCCUACCUUUUCUCUCCCUCUGAAGCAGGUU